AGACAGGAAGAAAAAAAAAAUGGGCGCUUCCGCGUUACCCGUGAUAGCCUUCACGCUUCUCUGGGGCAUCGUGCUAUUCCUUGGAGUAGCUCUACCACUUUUCGUUCCGAAGGGACCAAACCGAGGGAUACUACAAGUUCUACUGGUGUUAACGGGCUUUACGUGCUGGUUAUUCUGGCUAUGCUGCUACAUGGCGCAGAUGAAUCCAUUGAUUGGACCGAAGUUAGAUAAUGUAACCAUCCUAGUUAUGGCUCGAGAAUGGGGUAAUCCUAUUUCCGACUAAUGAACAUUCCACGGUGCGCGAAAAUUUUGAUUUCAAGUAUAUACAUCCAUUCCCCGACGUUACUUUUAACGAAAUUGUGUAAUUAUAAAUGUGUAAAAUUAUACGAAGGUAAAACAAAAUACCAGUACAUAUUAAUAAUUCCUAUAAAUGGGGAAUAAUUGUAAUUCAGUUAUAUAUUAUAUAAUUUAAUUUGUAUAUAAGAUAUCUAUCGUAAUUGCUUAGAAAUGUGUAAGAAUUUUAAUGUAAUGAUCAUCUGAAGAAAUUAUUGUUGGGAAAACGAAAUAACGUUGUUUUAA